AAAAUAUCUCGUCUCUCUCCCUCCUCCCUUCUCAUCCGACUCCUCUUCUCCAUGCCGCCGUCGCCUCCUCCUCUUCCCCGUCCCUCACGGCCUCCUCGCCCCCUCCGCCUUCAGCACCUCUUCCUCCCCUUCCUCUCCUCCUUCCCUCCCUCCGGUUCCAGGCAUGGAGGGAUGAACCCGGAGAGCUGCAGCCGGUGGAUGCCGUGACGGACGGGGAGGCGUUGGCGAAGGGGAGUUUCGGUCAAGUGGAAUCUGAUGGAUUGCAGGGCGAGGAGCAGGGAGUAGCCUGGCGUAGAUACAGAAUAUCGGCCUCUCCCCACGACCCACCUCUCCCACCAGAGCACAACUAGUCAUCUAGGGUUUGGAUGGGUCUGGGUUCCUACAACGAUGGCAGUAGAGGCGACAAAGACCACUUUGCAUCCUCGCCGAACUGUGUUACUGAACUGAAAGAAAAGGAAAACACUCGACGAUCUGGCUCUGUCUCAGGUAUAUGCUCCCUCGCCCGCAAGAUCCGCUCUCUCCCAUCUACGCAUCACGGCAGCACUUCAGCUCCUCUUAUGGAUUCUCACCAGAUCAGGCCACCUCACUCACCUUCAGUUGUCAGAACCUCACCGGCAGAUCCCUCAGCUAUCAGGGAAAGCAGCCAUCAGCGGAGAUUGAGGGUGCCUCUCCGGCGAGAGUGCUCGUGUCGUGGUGGUUUCCCACCAGCGGCAUGGGGGAGGCGGUGUCCUCUGCAGCUAGGUCUACUUGCUGGCGACCUCACCGUCACCAGACCAUCUGCAGAUGGUCUGAAAACCAAGAUAUGCCACAGAUAAUAACUAUACGGGCUGCUCCAGAUGGACUAAGAAUGGAACCAUAUCCUAGGCCUACAUGCAAAUAUUGUACAGCAAUGAAUAUCUUCACUUAUUUAUACUUAAUCAGUUGUGUAAUAAUAAGCGUGAUAUUAGCUUUCGUACCCAUCUUCAUGGUUGAAAUACUUUUCUGCAAUCUGUGACACAUUUGCUUCAGUUUCCAUAUGUCUUGCUUCAUGCUAUCAACAUUGUUAAUCAUUUAUCUUUAUCUUUCUUUCCCUUUACAACCUACUUGAAUGGAUAUGGUU